UACUCUAGGUAGGUAUGUAUAGUAGCUAAAGAGGAAGUCUCGUUUCAUUGUCAUACCACUGUGACGACUGAAAUCAGAAAUCGAACGAUGGAUAAAGGCAAAGUGCUCCAACUUGUGUGAGCUUCCCCCUCGGAGGAGCAAAGAAUCGACGUCUUUCGUCUAUAUAACGUGGAACCCGACAACUGCUGUGCGUUUUCGCAGUCAAGUAACGAGAACACGCCUACAUAAAUUCUCUGAUCAAUACACCAAUCAAUAUACUACUACAUAUAGCUUGUAUAUUACCAAUAUGUCAUCUAUGGCUGUCCCUCCCGAAGCUGUUCUCGGUACUACUGUUGCAUUCUCCUUCAUCUUGUUUGGUAAUGCUAUCACGCAAUCAUUCAUGGGAGUGCCAGCUUUGCUAGUCGAUUUCCCAUCUCCCUCAUCCCCUGAGCACGCCGCUCGAGCUCGAUUGCUUGGUAGGCAGUGGCCAGUGUUCUGGGUUGUGGGCAACCAAUUCUUCCGACCCAUUAGCACACUUGGCAUCUUUGGCUACGCCUACACGUCAUGGAUUGCCUCAUCUCAAGGACCUAAUGGCGUGUUCGGUGACUGGAAACCGUACGCGUUCUCGGCACUAUGCCAUCUCAUCACGGUUGUGCAUUCUGCACUCAACAUGCAGCCCAUCAACGAGAAGCUUGAUGCUCUGCGAGAGCCCAAGGGCAGAGUAGACUCUAAACAAGCUGAGAGCUAUGCUCGAAAGUGGAUCAAGUUCAACACCGUGCGUCUCAUUACUCCAGUCGUUGCUGGGACCUUGGCGCUAUUCCAAGUGUUGAGAAAACAUUAAGUUGAUCAUCAGGGAAGGAGACGCUGUUUGAUUACAUCGCCACUCAGAUUUCGAAAGGGUUAUCCUAUUUUGAAUGCCCGACUGGGCGAAGUGUUCAUUCUCUAUAUAAAAGUCGUGCUUUCCUAUUGCCUCUCAAAAACAAUCUAAGCCACGGUUGUCACCUAUGUACCCUAGAUUGGGACUCGUUUGGAGAAGUUAAGCGCGAGUGGAGGAGAAAACUAGAUAGUGCUUCAGCAGUCACCUAC